AUGCCUAGUAAAACAAACCCACGCUACGAGGAUAUGUUAAUAGAAUGUAUCACAGAAACCAAGGACAGAGGCGGAGUUUCACGCCCAACGAUUAAGAAGUUUCUCUCGGACAACUACAGCAUCGAUCCAGAAUCCAAGUUGACAUCCCACCACAUCUCACAAUCCCUUAAGAGGGGUAUUGAUAACAAGGUAUUCGUUACACCAAACGGUAUCACUGGAAAGGUUAAACUCGCUCCUGCGGGCGUUAGAAAGCGCCCUGUCUCAGAUUCGGAGGAAUCUGAUGACGAUAAAGUGCCCGUUAAGACAAAGCGCGAGAAGGCACCGACACGCUCACGUACACACACUUCCACGCAAGUUCCUAAGAAGGUCGUCACAGGGAAGACUGCCUCGGGUAGAAACAUAGUCUCCACUAAUCACUCCAACGAUGUUAACAGGGUGCAGGACAAGAAAACUAAAUCGGCUACUACUCGUAAAUUGGCUGCGAAAAAGGAUCCAGCUGGUGCAAAUAAGGUGCCUGCUGCGAAGAAGGCUGCGGCGACGAAGAAGGUGGCUGGUGCAAACAAAGUGGCUGCUGCAAUCAAAUCGAAUACUUCAAAUAAACCAGCAAGAAAGUCAGAUGCUAACAAGCCUACUCCGAUCAAGGCAAAUUCCACCACUAACAGGCGUAAAUCUACCCGCAAAGUGAGUUUUGAGCUGGUUUAUGGGGGAAGAAUCAACUAA